AGGUGAAUAGUCUUCAAAUGAAACACUUUAGUGUGAAUUUGAAAAAAAAUAUUCGGAAAAAAUGAAAAAUUACAAAGUUUCAAAUCUUAUAUGGCUCAAGGAUGGCUGAAUCCGCUCAACUAUGAACACAUCUUAAACACGUAUAGUGACGUAGAGAAUACACAGUUAUAAAGACGUACAGGCGUCCCAGAUCAAUGCAUUUGCCUGCGUGAGUACAUGGUAGAGAAUCAAUGAAAUAACAAACCUAUCUAAAUUGCAUCAAUAAAACCUCGGCUCUCAUGCGUAUCUUAGACUCAUGAGUCACUAAUGAAACACGCUUAUAUAUGUCUUAUAUAUUGCAGAGAUAUAAAUGGAUUUAAGAAAACAGGUGCUUGGUAUGCGGUAUUCCGCCAAGAGUGUUUUGUCAAGAGUGACGCUCUGAUUCAAGUCAUUUUGUAACCGUAAACAUACCGCGAUAUCUUAUCCAUAGAGAUAAAUACGAAUUUUAAUCAUACAUUAUUAUGUUGUUAAAGGUAUAUCAUGCUCUAAAUUGGUCUGCAAUACAGUUGUGUAAAUAUUCGUUGAUGAUUAAUAUGAUAAAUCUGAAUUUGAUAUGUACACAAUUUCAUAAUCGUUGAACAUUAUGCAAAUUAGAUGUAGAAUAAAACAUAUUUAUCGCACGCUCAUUAAAGCAUUAAUCAGACCUGUAAUUACUGAUUAUGACGUCAUUAGGAUAAGCAUACUGUCUGGGACCCCGUCCCGACACAGACAGUGUUUUGCUAAGCACAUAGCAUUUUCCGAGUUUUGCUUGGCUGAUCCUAUAAAAAUCGACUCGGUUUAUCGGGGGAGGACAACGGAACAGCCACGUUUCAUAUAAGAGGGGACUAACUCUGUGUUUUGUCAGUACAGUGUAACGAGAGCUUGUGGGAGUAGGAUACGAAAAAACUACCAGUGAAAUAACCCUCUCAUUCAGUAUUUACUUACAUCGUUCUUCGUCGGAUAUACACACGAUCUUGUGGAUAGUAACAGCAAUAGUUUGUGAUCGACAAAAGUGUUCCAUUAUCACAAUCAUGUUCGCCAGCAAAGAGAUCCGAUACGUGAUGAUAUUAUACAUAUUUAUUCACCUUUUUCACAAGUCACAUUCUUGUAUUCUGUUGUUGAAUGGAUGGACACCGCUCACUGUUUACGAACGGGCAGCUUAUGCUGAGAUAGUGAUCUCGGGCAAUGUUGUACGAGCGUUCAAAGACGUGAGAUCGGAUUCUGAAACUUACACGGCAGAGGUACAGGUGCUGGAAGUGUAUAAAGGAGCCGAGUUUGUGGAUGAUGUGUCGUCGGUGGAGAGGAGCAGGAAGAUUUACAACAUCAGCAACUUCGGAGACAAGUCUAUGUGUUAUGCUGACGUCGUUCCUGGAGACACCCACAUCAUGUUCCUGACAAUGUACCAGGGACGCCUGUCCGCCAAAUAUGACGACAUCUUUGGCGCUGUGGCGGACUUUACUCCUGCAAAUGAACAACAAAUCCUGGAUUAUUUAGGUUGGCACGCGUGGUCUAAGUGGAACGGCUGCAGCGCCCCCUGUGACGGUGGAGUUCAGAUGCGACAUCGUACAUGCUCGAGAGAAAAUAUUACAGAGUGCACGGGCGCAUCUACCGAGACACGGAAGUGCAAUACAUACUCAUGUGAUGAAAUUACAGACCUUGUUACCAAAUUUGGUAUGCCAAAAAUGCCCUUCGGCGUCUACAAGAACACCAACAGGUCACACGCAUAUCAAGUCACCCCCCAGGCCAAACUUUUCCUUCCUGUUGCAUCUUUAUACGAAGUCACGUUCCCGCGAGACUUCAGUGUGGCAUUGACCUUUAAACUGAACCCUGGUUACCAAGGUUACCUUCUCACAGUUAACGAUAUCAGAGGAAGACAGAGGAUCGGGCUCCAUUUUGGCUCAAAUGCUAAAUUUGAGUAUUUGGAAUACCACGAUGGAAGAGUUGUCUCCCUUGAUUUUGAUGUAGUUGUGACUGAUGGACAGUGGCACCAGCUAGCGUUCAGCGUCAAAGACGACAUUGUGACCUUGUUUUACGACUGCGACACCGUCAUGAGCAAAACCCUCAUAAGAAGGAAGAGUUCUACUCUUGGGAAAAACCUCAUGGUCGCUAUCGGCCCAUAUUUUGCCAGGAAUGGCCAGCCUUUCAGGGGUAGCAUUGAACAACUUGUUCUGUCCGAUGACCCCAGCUUCGCUGAGCUCCAGUGCCACGUGCAGACUGACAUCACGAAUAUGCCAGUUAAAGAUGACAACAAAUCCGUCACCCGCAAGCCCAUGGGCACUGAUGUCGACAACACAACAACCAAACCCAUAGUGUAUGGCUCUGAUUGGUCCUCGUGGUCCUACUGCAGCGCCUCGUGUGGUCAAGGGCGACAAUCUAGGACUCUGUUCUGCCGGAACAACAUCGUGGCUGUGGACCGAUGUGUGCCCAAAGACUCUCCUCAGACGCAGACACGGCUGUGUUACCUGCAGGAGUGUCAAGUGGAGUGUCCGACUCCUUGUUUAAAUGGUGGAGAGUGCAACGCCAACGGAACCUGUGAUUGUCCCAUGGGAUACAACGGCAAGAGAUGCGAAACUCCAUCUUGUCCUUUAGGCUGUGAAAACAACGGUAUCUGCGUCGGGCCAAACAUGUGUGCAUGCCCAGAAGGCUACACCGGUGUCAACUGUGAAAAACCCAAAUGCGAACCCGGAUGUUCAAAUGGAGGACGUUGCAUUGCCCCUGGGAAAUGCGUAUGCCCUUACGGGUACCUGCAACCAACAUGCAAACCUUACUGUCCCAUGCAGUGCCACAAUGGAGGAAAAUGUGUGAGGCAUAAUGUCUGCCGUUGUAAGAAAGGCUACACAGGAAAGGACUGUUCAGUUGCUACCUGCAAACGUGGAUGCUUUAAUGGCGGGAAAUGUGUUGCUGCCAACCGUUGUUCCUGCCCCAGCGGAUACAGAGGGCGCUACUGCCAGAAAGCUAAAUGCCGACCAAGGUGUCAAAACAGUGGCAAAUGCAUCGCUCCCAAUGUGUGCGGAUGUAGAGGAGGUUACUAUGGCAACCGGUGCCAACUAUUUCAAUGCUUCAAGAAAUGCAAAAAUGGCGGAACUUGUACCGGUCCUAAUCGCUGCGCAUGCCCAGCUGGAUUCUCAGGUCGAAGGUGCCAAAGAGCACGUUGCCGCAGUGCCUGUCUUAAUGGAGGCCGAUGCAGGAAAAACAACAAGUGUAAAUGUCCUCCUGGGUUCAAAGGUCGGCGCUGUGAAACUAGACUAUGCAAAUAUGAGAAGCACUCCGUACCACACGCACGGAGCUACCGGCGUGUUGUUCGGGAAGAGUACAUCGCAAAAUGCGGUCCAUGGCACUGGAAAACAUGUGUCAAAACUAGGUUAAAAUACGCCCUAGUUGUGAGGGACACGUACAGAACUGCUUACCGAUGUGUCGCGCCUUGAAUAUGACAGAGAGAGAGAGAUGAAGUUACAACCAUCUUUUGAAUGAAAUAUUGAGAUGCGAUAUUUCAUUGAUAUUUUUAUGUGAUCGCGAGAGAAGUCAAAAGCUGCCAUUUUUGUCAUGCACCCCUACUGGUCUUUCACAGAACAAGUCAUUAUUUACUUUGCAAUUUUACGCCCCAUUUUACACAUAUUUGUUGAGUUGAGCUUUAUGUACCAUGUCCGUUGUUGAUUUAUUUAUAUAUAUUUAUUUAUUUGAGCUUAUUACCUUUUUUACCUUUUUGAUAUUGA